AAGUUGGUGCUCCGGACAAUUCCCUUCCCAGGUCACUAUGAAGAAACGCGAGGACUCAUGGGAAAAGCUGGACACCGAGUUUGACCAUUUUCUCUUGGACAUGAAACCAUAUGUGCUUAAACACCCCAACAAAUCAGAACGCCAGCGUUGUGCCGUAUGGAUAAAGAAGCUGUGUGACCCAGCUGCAUGUGGUUCAGGACUGACGGAUCGAAAAAACCGCAACUUGUACACCCGUUUGCUCCUCCACAUGCUCAAAAGAGGUGUCCUGGAGGGACCGUUCACCAGCAAACCAGAGCCUGGGAGCCUCAAGACACUUCCUGCCUACAUGUCCAUCUACUUUGAUGAGCCACUGAGUGGUCGGUCUGGAGAGCAAAGCAACAGAGAUCUGCCUGAAUGGGUGACAGGAGAGCUUAGUGGCUGUUCUGUGGACAGUUUAGCUAUGGAUCAACUCAAGGACAGACCCAGUUCUACACCAGUUACAGCUCCUCACAGGAGAAGACUGUAUGUGGAGAACCAAGUCUUGUCCACCAGUCCACUUGAGCAGGCACCCAGACGAGAUGCCAGAAUGGUGCAUGGAGUGCUAAAAGCAAACGUGCCUUCUGAUGACAGUGACCUGGAGGUUCGUCUUAACAGCUGGAACCUGGGGAUUGAAAACCCCAGGUAUUUGAGAGAGAAGCCCAUUCCCUUAUCCCCAAUUUUGACACCAAGCUUUGUGAGGAAUUGCACAUUUGCCAAUGAUCAUGACCCACAAUGUAAAGAGACUGAGAUGAAGAUAAAAGUGUUGGAGGCGAAACAUCAGGAGGAGAAACUGAGGAUGCAGCAGAGACACGAUGCAGAUGUUGAAAAGAUACUGGACCGAAAAAAUCGUGAGAUUGAAGAGGUAAAGAGCAUGUUCCGGACCAAGCAGAAAGAAUCAGAGGAGAUGAUCCGAAAGCUGGAAAAGAAAGUUCAAAGUUUGCUGCGGGAAUCUCAGGUCAUCUGCGAGAGCAAAGAGAGGCAGAUAGAGGAGCUGAAGAUGAUGUCGGAUCGGAGCACCGACUCGAUAAAAAACGAGUGGGAGAAGAAGCUGCAUGCUGCUAUGGCAGAAAUGGAGCAAGAAAAGUUUGAAAUGCAGAAGAAACACACAGAAAAUAUCCAGGAGCUGCUGGAAGACACCAACCAGAGACUGGCUAAGAUGGAGACGGAGUAUACUGCUCGUGCACAGGCCACAGAGCAAAUGGUGCGUGAGCUGGAGACGCGUGUGAGGCAGCAAUCGGUGGAGGUGGAAAAGGGCAACUCACUGCGUCAGAGAGUCACUCAGGAAAAGGCACAGCUGGAGAUCCACACUGCAUCCGUCAGUGCUGAACUGCAAGAAGCUAACAGACGGGUGCUGCUGCUGCAGAAGGAGAAGGAGCAGCAGAGUGAGCAACAUGAGCAGAGCUUACAGAAGCUUCAAGCCAAACACGAAGCCGAUAUUAGUCACUUACAUCAGGAACAUGCUCUGUCUGCUGCUAAGGCCUUUAAUGUGAUAGAAGACUUGGAGAAGACUGUGGCUCGGUUCAAACAGCAGCUCCAGGACAGUGAGCAUCGAAGACACCAACAAGUCAGGGAUCAGGAGAUGAAGUUUCAGCAGGAAAAAGAUGAACUGCAGGUCAGCUGUGAGAAAAAGAUGGUGGUGGUUCACAACGAGGCAGAGAAGGAGAAAAUGGAUGCAAAGAGGAAGAUUGCCAAACUAGAAGAAUCUCUAAGGGAGAUGGAAAGCCAGUUGGACAAAGCCAGGGAGAGUCAGAGACAGCAGAUCCAACAGGCUGAUUUGGCACUGGAGCAGUUUAAAAAGCAGGUGCAGCUCAGCUCUGAGAAGGCCUACGCUGACAUGAAACUCCAGAUGGAGAAGGUAGAGGAGGACCUGAUCCGCUCCAAAACCCUGAGGGAGACCCAGGCCAAAGACUUCUCUCAGCAGCUCGAAGCUUUAAGACUGACGUACGAGCAGCAGAUGGCUGAGCAGCGCGCGCAGCACGAGCAGGAGAGGACGCGGCUACAACAGCAGCACAGCACGGAAAAGGACAUCCUGGUCCAGGAGCACCAGCGGGAGGUGGGUAGCCUGGAGAGGCAGGCCAGGGCCACCCUGCAACAACACCAACAGCUCCAACAGGAGUGGAGGACGCGCGAUGCCCAGAGUAUUUCAGACUUGGAGGCCCAGGUGUCGAUUCUGCACGAGGAGCUCCAGCAGGCUCAUGCCCAGCAGAAACAAAAGCUGGCUGAGAAGGCGAUGCUUCUGGAGGAAGAGAGGCAAAAAGCCAUCCUGGACAAAGAGGUGUCGCUGGACCGGCUCCGCUCGGACAUGGAGCGAAUCAUCCACGACCUCAAGAGGAACCAUCAACAAGAGGCAGAUGCCACUCGUGAGAAGGCCAACAGCAGGUUGAAGCAGAUUGAGAAAGAGUACAGUCAGAAGCUUGCCAAGUCUGCCCAGCUGAUUGCAGAGCUGCAGACUUCUGUAUGCGACUCAAAAGAGGAAGCUGUUCGUUUGCAGCAGGUGAUGGAGAAGCAGCUGAAGGAGGUCAACGCUCGCUGGGAUGAAGAGAGACAGACAAUUACCCACCAUGCCGAUCAGGCCUGCAAGGCUCUGCAGGAGAAGGUGGAGAGUCUGCAGAGGCAAGUGCACUGUGCAGAGAAGAAGCUGCUCAGCAAAGAGCUGGAGACAGAGGAAACGGUGACGAUGGUGCAUCAGGAGUAUGAGGAGAAGAUCAAAGGUCUGAUGCCAGCUGAACUCAGACAGGAACUAGAAGACACCAUCGCCUCCCUGCAAGCCCAGGUCAGCUUCCUCCAGAAGACAGCCUCUUUGCUGCAGGAAGACCUGGAUGCCUGCCGCAGCAGGAGGUUGGUAUGA